AAGUAUCAUACCGCUGUGAGAUUCGCUUUGUAAAAACACAGCACUUUUUGCGGGGCUCUUCCUCUCAUUUUCAUGCACAAAAGAACUUUUCUCAUUGAAGAAGUUGGGAAAAUUAAGAACCGUGGAUGCAAACGUGCACAUCGCCACAAUGCGGGCUGCGAGGAUAUUUCACAAAUAAGGCGCGCGAUCUUAACUUUCAGCAACACUAGGGACAAGUUCGGGGAAGAAUUAUGGAUUUGUUUGGGGCAAACGAGACGUCCCCCGAGUGUGCAGGGGCGCGCGUGUUUGCGGCACAAGACGGCAGCUCGGAGACGUCCAACCUGAGCUGCAGCAACAUCUCCACACCGUUCACACCUCGCAGUGUGCGGCCAGGAGAAGAUGACCACACGCUGAGGAUCCUUCUGUACGCCCUCAUCUUCGUCCUGAGCGUGUUCGGGAACCUGCUGAUCAUCCUGGUGCUGACGGCCAACAAGCGCAUGCGGACCGUCACCAACACCUUCCUGCUGUCGCUGGCUGUCAGCGACCUGAUGAUGGCCGUCUUCUGCAUUCCCUUCACUCUCAUCCCCAGCAUCCUCAAGGAUUUCAUCUUCGGUGCCAUCAUGUGCAAGAUAGUGUCCUACCUGAUGGGUAUAUCAGUGAGCAUCUCUACGUUCAGCCUGGUCGCCAUAGCGAUUGAGCGCUACAGCGCCAUCUGUAACCCGCUGAAGUCAAGGGUGUGGCAGACCCGCUCCCAUGCUUACCGGGUGAUUGCGGCAACAUGGCUGCUGGCCCUCAUCAUCAUGAUUCCUUAUCCGGUGGUCAGUCACCUGGACUCCUUUCAGCGCCCCGACAACACCACCGCCCACCAGUGUCGCCGCAAGUGGCCCGUCGCCAUGGCCGAGCAGACCUGGUACAUUCUGCUGCUGCUUGUGCUAUUUGCGAUUCCGGGGGUGGUGAUGAGUGUGGCCUACGGACUCAUCUCCAGGGAACUUUACCGAGGUAUCCAGUUUGAGAUGGGACACAAAAAAGACUCUACAGAUGUGAAGAAUGGCUUGACUCCGGCUGCGUCCAAUGGCAGCGACGAUGGCGAUGGCUGCUAUGUCAAUGUCCAGCGUCCCUACGCGUUGGAAAUGUCGGCAAUGUCUGCCUCUGUCAAGACUCCCAAGGCGGACCGACCACGCAGAAACACAUCGGAGGCAAAGCUCGAGGCGAAGAAGCGAGUCAUCCGCAUGCUGGUGGUCAUUGUGGUCCUGUUCUUUCUGUGCUGGAUGCCACUGUACUGUGCCAACACGUGGCGAGCUUUCGAUGACAGAUCAGCCAAAAAAGCCCUCUCGGGAACGCCCAUUGCUUUUAUCCAUUUGCUCAGCUACACCUCCGCCUGUGUCAACCCCAUCAUCUACUGUUUCAUGAACACCCGUUUCCGGAAGGCUCUGUUCGCCACGUUUUCCUGCUGCUUCGCCCCUUGCCGUCGCCACCGCCGCCGCCGCGGGUUGCGGGACAAUGAGGAUGACGUUAUGGCCAUGGGACCGUCCAUGUCCAAGUUCAGUUACACUACAGUCAGCACCAUGGGAACCUGCUGAGGCUGACUGAGGUGGUCCCAAGUUUGGCAAACACAGCACAGAACAUCUGCUGUGUUUAGGCCAAAGGGAUGAAAUUGUAGCACUAGCAGCAUAGAAGCUUAAUUAAACCCACGAUUGUGACAAACAAUAGCUGGUCUUAUGACGUAAUUACCUCCAUUGCGAUAUAAAAACACAGUAUAGGUAUCAAGAUGAUCAACUCUUGCUAACCUAGUAGUCAUUGAAUGAAAAAUAUAACUGUGCAAUUGUUAUUAUAUUUGUAUUAUUUCAUUUAUUUAAUUCCACACAUUUCACUCAGUUGUUUAUGGAUAUGAUUGUGACUGAUGUUAAUUCAGCUGCCUUGUGUAUUCUGUAUAAGUGCCUGCUUGUUGUUGUUAUGCCAUGUUCAAUGGUAACAGCAUCACAGUACAGAACAGUUAAAAUAUUAAAACGCCGCGAAGACAUGGUGAAUCAUAAGAAAUUUGAAGUAACUGAUCUAAAUGUGUGGUCUGCAGUGAUCAGUGAGGCUGCCAAGUGUUAACAAUCACAAACCAGCACCUCUGCAAGCAGCUCAAUGAUAAAUAUUCAACAAAUACAUAACUAAAAAUGAAGGCUGUCAAAAAUAACCUUUUAACGGCGGUAACUAAUUUAUUUCAUUAAUUACGUUCAUUUUUUUUUUCCAGAAUUAAUGCAUGCGCAUCAUGGCAAGCCACACCGCUCUGUUAUGAUGGCAGAUGGAGUCACACCGUAGCGUCCACACAGCGUCACACAGAGUCUGAUGCUCUUUUAUAACUUUGUUCUCUCGUGGACACAUAAACAGUAGUGCAAUUCCAACACUAUAUACUGUAUGUAUCGCCAACUCGCUCGUCCGUCUAACCGUGUGUCCUGUUAGGCAAACUGAUUUUCAGACGUGUAUGUCUUUUGACUCAGUCCUUUAUCUUUCUGUUAAUAAAAUACUGUAAAAAUGGGCAUAUUUCACACAUACUUGCAAACGGUGAUUAAUCAUGAUUAAUGAAAGUGAAAACUGAUUAAUCUGAUUAAUCUCAUUAAUUAUUUCACAGCCCUACUACAAAUAUAACUAUAUGCAUAAGUUGUAGACAGACAUCAAUUAAUCAGAGUAUGGGUGUCCAAACUUUUUCCACCGAGGCGCCGCAUGCUGAAAAUCAAAGGCUACGGGGGGCCAUAUUGAUAUUUCUACGUAUUUUUUAAUGUUUAAAAAUUAUUAUUUUGUAUAAUUUCUUUUCCAUUCCAUUCCAUUCCAUUCCAUUUUCCUCCACUUAUCCGAGUCCGGGUCGCGGGGGCAGCAGUCUUAGUAGGGAAGCCCAGACUUCCUGGUCCCCGACCACCUCCUCCAGCUCCUGGGAACGCCUUGGCGUCCUCCAGCUUGGAGGACACCAAGGUGUUCCCAAGCCAGCUGUGAGACAUAAUCCCUCCAGCGUGUCCUAGGUCUUCCCCGGGGCCUUCUCCCGGCUGGGCAUGCCCGAAACGUCCGGGAGGCAUCCGUACUAGAUGCCCGAGCCACCUCAGCUGGCUCCUCUCGAUAUGAAGGAGCAGCGGCUCUACUCUGAGCUCCUCCCGGAUGACCGAGCUCCUCACCCUAUCUCUGAGGGUGAGUCCCGCCACCCUACGAAGAAAACUCAUUUCAGCCGCUUAUAUCCGCGAUCUCGUUCUUUCGGUUCUUAGUUAGUAGUAUCAACAUUUCACCUUCUUCUCUUUACAUUUUUUGCCCGAUGUUUCCCGUUUUUGCUGUGUUUUUUGGUUUAAUUUUAUUUGUACAAUUUGCCACGGGCCAAUACAAAAUAAGCUGUGGGCCGCAAAUGCCCCCCGGGACACACUUUGGACACUCCUGCUUUAGACAGUAAACUCAGUGCGACUGAAUCAACAGCAUCACUGCUGGUUGCAGCCAAGUCGUGUACCGUACUCCAUUUUGCCUCAAUGGCUUCAAGACGUGAUCAGCGAUCAAUUCAUCUAUAGUCCAUCAGUCACAAAGUUCAAGGUUCACAGCAAGGUCAAUGUUUGACUUGUAUGCAACUGAUGAUCAACCAAAUUAUGGAUAUGAUGUAUUCACUUAUAGUCACGACAAUUUUGGUGGUAUUGGAGGGGUAAUCUGUAAUGGGGUUAUGGACUGAUUAGGAAUGUAGCCUUCGGAACGGCACAUUAGGAGCAUCUAAUGAGUUUUUUUUCUUUUUUUGGAACAGCGAGUUGGCAGCAGCCUUGAAUAUUUAACAGUGGUACCGAGGGUAUCAUGUAAUUAGUUGUAAAUAAGUUCGGGGCGUUUUAGGGACUUCAUGUCCCUGCAGAACUAACAUGCGAGCUUCAUCAUUACAGCCAGGCUUCUCGCUUGUAGGGUCUACAAGUAUUAUGUCUAAUUGCGAAAGCAGAUAGAUGCUGGUUUCUAUAUGCAUAUAAAUACAUUAAUGUCACACGGGGCCAGUAUGAGUCACAGUUUAUUAAGGUCACUCUGAUCCAAGAUCUCUGUUGUACAUAUAGGAUGAAGUAUAGCAGCAUAGAAAUGCAAUAUCGACUGUGUUUAUGAGUGACACUUCAGUUUGGUUUUUUUUCUCCCAGAGAGCUUUUGGGAGACUAAUUUCCCUGCGGUGUCCCAAAGGUUGUGUGAUGCCAACACCCACCCUGGCUCAUCCACUUGCCGCUCACACUGACAUCAGCUUAUUAAAUUUGUUAAAUAGUUGCCACUCAUUUGCUCUUUUUCUUCUUGAGUAAUUCAUACUGAGCCUGGAUGUGAUGUGCAAGCAAUCUCAUUGGGUCUUCUUCCUCAAAACGACCAUGAAAAUGUGUUGGGAUGGACAUUUCUGUAAAAGAACUUUAGAAAUGUAAUUUCAAUUUAGUUCGUUUUAGUUACAACCAACUUUGUACUGCUGCUCCCCUAUUGGCUACAUGGUGAGAAGGUGAGCGCUUUUCAUUUCUCAAAUAGCUUCAAGAACCAAUUAACUGACAGACUGUGCGUGUACCUUUCUACACGUUUCAUUUUUAUGAUGGUAUAUUUCCAUCCCUUAUUAAUAGGGAUGUCCGAUAAUAUCGGCCCCCCGAUGUUGGCAUAAAAUUGUAAUAUUGGUCAAUGUCGGUAUGGAGUGUUUUCGCUACAAUGAAAAACGAUUUUAAAAAAUGAUGCAUAUAGGCUCACGUAUUUUCCGGCACGCAAAUGAUGACCUCAUCAAACCGCGUCUGCGUGUAAACAACCGUGGGUGGCUAGUAACAAGCUAGCUCCCUCCCGACUAACGUUAUGUCUGUGGUGUCUCCUGCAGAUAUUAAACUGAGGUUUGCAGUGACUGCAAAGCAUUGGUUAUGCGUGGUGGAACCAAGACUUCUUUCCUCAAUACUUCCAAUUCCCAUGGCAAAAGCCAUCAAUCGGGAAUUCAUGGAGUGUAUCGCACUGGAUAAUCAGCCCUUUUCCAUUGUGCAAGACGCCGGAUUCACUAAACUUGUGGACUUCCUCGAGCCACGCUUUGCUAUGCCCAAUCGCAAGUAUUCUCAGAUGUUUGCUUACAGUUGUACAAUGUUGUUUACAGCCACGUCAAGAAGCUAAUAGCUGAUGCUGUAUCCAUUAGCUUCACAACAGAUAUGUGUUAAUUCCACGACAGGAGAUAUGUGAUGUUACACAUAUCCGUAUCAGUUGAUAUCGGAAUUGUAAAUUGAGUGUUGGACAGUAUCAGCAGAUUGGAUAUCGGCAAAAAAACCAAUAUCGGACAUCCCUACUUAUUAUUUCAAAUGGAGAAAGUCAAUUGGAAAAAAGAAAUCAGAGCUGGAAAAGCCUCUUGGAAUGGUUUGAUACCAUGAUUGUGUUCAAUUUCCGAGGGUCCACUGCAGAUGGGAUUUGACAAGAGUGAACCACAACAGCAAAGAUGCCUCUGCGAGGACUCAAUGGCAUACAAUGAUAAAACGGUCUUCGUGGAGGGAUACAGUAGUAGGCUUCAGCAUGCUCCUCACGUGCUAAUCUGCCAUGUAUGGCUGAGACAAUGAGUUGGCCUUUUCAGGGUCCUCACUCAGUCUUGCCAUUAUUAUGCUGCUGGUUAAACCCGCCUUUCGUCCUCCCUGUGCAGACCUCACGUGAUUGAUUUCUCGCUCCAAUGCUCGAGCUCCCGAUCACCAUGCUUGAUGAGGACAUUUCUUCCUUUUAGCAUUGUUUGUGCCCAUUUCUUGGCCAUAUUGGAAAGUGUUGCUGACACAUAGACAAAUGGAGCAGGUGCGCUUUGGGGAAAUGUUGCAAGUGAAUGAUGACGGUGCUGUCUGCAAGACGUACACUCGAAGUGGGCAAAAGCAGAAGGAGAACUGCAGUCUGGAUGGGGUUUUUGCAUUAACAUCUGGCGCAGAAAAACCUUAACUAUGAUCCCCUUAAAUGCAUACAGCACUAAAAUAAUUUUAUGGUUUGGGGUCCUCUGAGGAGCAAAUGACGUUCCAUCGGAACUGCCAAAUGUGAGACAGAAUCUUGGCAUUUUGAAGUUGGAUUAAUUUUUGGAUUACUGAGAGAGCAAUUGCAAGAAGCACACCUGUUUUGAGUUAAACUGAACAAAAUAGCGCUCAGAAAAGAGACACUGCACAGGACAGGAAAACAACCCCCAGAAUUCAGUCAGGCUUGCACCAGAGGAGUAGAAAAAAAACAUGUUUGUUGUUUUUACACUCCUAUUCCUGAUGGUAACAACAAGAGAAUGAUAAUUCAGCAAUUGUGCAGUAGUUAAAACAGGCCGGGUGUUUUUGUCCCCCCUUUACUGCGGCACAGGGAGAGAAUAUAAAACAGCAACAAGAGGAUUUUUUUGCUCACCCCAAACACAUUUUCCUCUCACAGUUUCGGGACUAAAAAAUCAUUUGUUAGCUCUGUAGUUUAAAAAUAUGUUUUUCCUUAUUUUUCUCAAGCUGCUGCAGCUUCUGUUAAGUAAAUACAAUAUACUUUUUUCAUGCUUUGUGAGAGACAAAAUUAGAAGAUUCACAACAAUUACUGUUGUUUUGAUCUUUUUUUUUAGUUUGAUGUCUGAGGAGCGUCGAAACUACGCACCACUAAUUGUACAAUCAGUUUUUUAAAAUUUUGUCCUUAAUUUUUUGCCAUUUUAUCAUGAAAAGGAAUAAGACAACUCCGAUGAGUAUGAUGGGCCUAAAAAUAUUGUAAUAUUUAAAUUUUUUUGUGACAUGCAAAGCCAACAUGUUAUGAACUCCUGUUCCAAUGUGAGUGAUUUAUUGAGCAGUAUAACACCAGAAAAAAUGUAUAUAGUACUUCAGACAUAUGAUAUGUACAGUAUGUGGCGUGUCGUAAUGUUUUGGUGGACUAUGAGGAUUAAAGGCUGUGUCUUGUGAGAGUCAAGCAUCUGGCCAUUGUUUAACUAGUACUCAAGUACACUGUCUCCCGGGCGGAUUAGUGUAGCGAGCUUGCGGCAAAUGUCAACAUCAAUAUAACGGCGACAUAAGAGCUUGUGGCUCAUGCACAAACAAAGUGAAUUUCAGCUCAUCUGUGUUUUUGUCCAUAUAAAUACGGCACUGCUUUACACUGAAAUGUAAUGUGGAGUAACUCUUGCUUGUUUGUCUGUAAAGGAAGUGUUUCAUCAUACGUCCUUAUAGUUUGCCAUGUUUCUGAGCAGCUUGUGGCCGCCGAAGGCUACAUGAAGAAGAGGACUGAAGAGUUAGGGAAGCAUACAAAGACACUAUUAGUGCCACAUGAGCUGUUCAUUUGCCAGGCUGCCCUUGCAUUAAAUGUCGUUUGAUUGAACGCUACUUGUAUUUUCAAUGUGAGCGUCCCUAAUGUAUUGACAUGGGUCAGUGUUGUCCGACAAACUGGCUUCAGGCUUUGGCUGAUCCCGUCGCAUCAUGACAACACAACAGUGAUUACUGUGACUGUUGUGCUGCAGUGUGCUGUCCUCAAAUGCUCAAACCAUCCUUGUGCAACUGUAAGGCCUUACUUACUGUAUGUGUUUUCUUAUGUGCUUUGAUUAUUAACUUGAGCAUUAUCUGACCUUACGUGGAGGAGGCUCAACAAGUCUACCUCUGUUGUGCGAGUACAGAAAGGAAAACAUUUGGCAUAUCGAAAGUGUGUGUACUCCUGUUGAUUGAGAAAUUGAGAAUAUGAUUGUACAAUUGGUUGCUUUCUGUGUAGUAUUGAAAAUAAAGUUUCAGUAAACUGUCAUCAGCCUCUUUUAUCCAUAUUUUGAAGAUUGACAAAGUCAAAGUGGAGGUUUUUAAGAUUAUUCUUGACGUAAUCUCUUAAAAA